AAUUCAAACUCCCCAGUCGAAUCAGAGAUGCCUCCCAACUCCACAGUCAUUCUCCCCCUAUACAUCUACCCCCUCCCCGGAGCCUGGGACCGUCUCCACACCGCAAUAUCCUCCAACCCCACCCUCCACUUCAUAAUAAUCCUCAACCCGCACAACGGCCCCGGCGCCUGUCCCUUACCAGACGAGCGCUAUUCAGAGGAAAUCCCAAAACUCAACGCGCGCGCCAACGUCACGACUGUGGGGUACGUUCGCGUUGAUUACUACAAGAGGAGCCUCAGUGAUGUUUUCCGGGACGUGGAGAAGUACGCUGGAUGGGUGAAAAGGGAGGGGCUCGGGAUAGGAGGGAUCUUUCUGGAUGAGACGCCCAAUUUGUGGGAGGUGGGGAAGGGGGACUAUUUGGAUGCUGUGGGGGAGUAUGUUAAAUCCUCGACGGGGUUGAAGGGAGAGCGAUUGGUUAUUCAUAAUCCCGGGACUGUUCCUGAUCCUGAGUUUGCGGAUCCAGGGCCGGAUAUCACGACUGUUGUGGAAGAAGGUUUUGCGAGGUAUAAAUCGACCUUGCUGCAGGAAAGGCUCACGAAGCUGCUGCGUUACGAUAGGAGUAGUUGUGUAUAUAUGGUGCAUUCGGUUCCGGAAAGAGAGCUUGAAAGUGUGGUACAUGAGUUGCGGCAUCGUGGGAAGUAUCUGUUUGUUACAACUUUAUCGUCGAAUUACUACUGUAGUUUUGGGACGAGCUGGGAACGUUUUAUCCAGGCCAUGCAGCACCAGUAG